AAUAGGUGGCACUGUCACUGUGGCAGUCUGGCAGAGUCUGCUCGGUUUGCAUGCAGUAAAUAUGGACACAGACGAGGAAAAUGAAAAUGACUGGGAUCGCAGCUUAGAGUCCGAUAUGCUUGAGACAGGACUCCCUGACAAAGCGACAGCCACGUCCCAGAGAAUAAUCCUGCAUUUUGACCUGGACUGUUUCUAUGCACAAGUAGAGAUGAUCCGAAAUCCAGCUCUUCGAAAUAAACCUCUAGGUAUACAGCAGAAGUAUAUUAUUGUGACUUGUAAUUAUGUGGCGAGAGAGCAAGGUCUGACAAAGUUGAUGUCGGUAACUGAUGCUUUGGAGAAAUGUCCUCAGCUUGUGCUGGUGAAAGGAGAAGAUCUCACCCAUUACAGAGAAAUGUCCUAUAAAGUCACAGAGCUGCUUAUGUCAUACAGCCCCAUGGUGGAAAGGCUCGGCUUUGAUGAAAACUUUGUGGACGUUACUGAAAUAGUUGAGAAAAGACUGCAGGAGACCCGUAUUUCAGAUGUCACUUUUAUUGGACACAUAUACAAACAUAAACCCUCAAGUGUAGCAGUUGGUGAGGAAAACUGCAGGCUGGCCAUCGGCUCUGUGAUAGCAGCUGAGCUCAGACAGGCCAUUUUUAACACACUGGGUCUUACAGGCUGCGCUGGCAUCGCAAACAACAAACUCUUGGCCAAACUGGUGUCAGGCACCUUUAAACCCAACCAGCAGACCACGCUUUUACCAUACAGCACUGCUGAGCUUAUGAGCAGCCUCACAGGACUGCUUAAAGUGCCCGGAAUUGGGUACAGGACAGGUGAGAAGUUAAAAGCUAUGGGUCUGGUUAAUGUGAGGGAUCUGCAGUUAUACCCUUUGUCUGAACUGGUGAAGGAGUUUGGGGAAGUGACCGCUAAAAGGAUUCAGAAUCUUGCCUGUGGGAUCGAUGACUCUCCAGUCACUCCAACAGGUCCUCCACAGUCUCUCAGUGAUGAGGACUCUUUCAAGAAAAUUUCCACACUAGCAGAAGUAACAAAUAAAAUUGAGGAGCUGCUCACCAGCCUUAAUGAGAGGAUGUACAAAGAUGGCAGACAGCCACACACAUUCAGAUUAACAAUUCGCAGAUAUUCUGCCACUAAUCGCUGGUUCAAUCGAGAAAGCAGACAGUGUCCUAUUCCCAACCAGACCGGGCUCAAGAUCACAUGUGGUAGCAGUGAGGCUGUGCCACAGUUACUGUCAAUGGCAGUGAAACUCUUUCAUAAAAUGGUGGACACACGUGAGCCGUUUCACCUGACCUUGCUGAACGUGUGCUUUAGUAACCUGCAGGCCAAAUCCUCCAGCAGGUCUUCGAUCGUCUCUUUCUUCACACAGAAGUCUCCCACUAAAGCCCAAACAGCAUCUCAGAGUCAGGUGGAACCUGAUGUCUGUGAGCCUGCUGGCAGUUCUCAUUUCACCCAGGAAGUGGUUUUACAAAAGCAAGAGAAAAUAUUGAACAGCAUGUUAAAUUGCACAUCAGCAUUCCCAACCCAAGAAACACAAACAGAGUCUCUGCAAAACAUCCCUGAUUCUUCCACAUCUCCCAAACAAUCACAUGUUACCAGCCGAAGCACACAAGACUCUUGCAUGACUGACGUCUCCAAAAUUGGAGUGGGUUGCAAUCUCCCUCCAAAUGUUGACCUGGAAGUCUUCAAACUCUUACCUAAGCACAUUCAGAUGGAGCUUGUUUCUAGUUUUCAAAAUGAAAACUCACCACAACCUAAUUAUGGACAUGCUGAUCCGUUUUCCAAACAGGCUGAGACAGGGAAUCACUCCAUGUCAGGUUUCAACCAAGCAGAAACAUCAGAUCCCUGUGAAUCAACACUAAAGUGUAGCAGAAAUUUAACUUCUCAUUACAGUGAACUCAGCAAGACCUUUUCCUUACCUCAGUCCUUCACAAAUUUAGAAAAUGGAAAAUCCACAGAAAGCUGUAGCAUCCCUCCUCAUUCAGAUGUCCCUCCAAACGUGGACCCUUGUGUAUUUUCCCAACUUCCUGCUGAUGUUCAGAGAGAGUUACUGACAGAAUGGAGACAGCAAAAACCUGUUUUAAAAAUCCCUUCAAAACAGUCACACAAAACCUCAAGUAACAGAGACAAGAGGUCUGUUGCUAAAGGCAGCCAGUGUAACAAGAUAAUGAAAUAUUUCAAACCUAACUAAAAAGUAACAUCUUUGGAGUUCCUGUUUUGAUGUUAUAAAAUGUUAAAUAUAUAUAUCUGUUAAUAAGCCUUAAAGAUGUGAGUAUA